AUUCUUCAUAGUUUGACCAAUUUUGCUAUUUGCUAUUGACUUGAUUUUUAUUUAACAAGAUUUAGUUAUUUAUUUUAUAAUUUAACUAGAUUUAGAAGUUUUGCAAGACUUUAAUUUAACACGAUUUAGAGGUUUAAAAAUCAAAAAAUAUGUAUAACAUAUUUAAACCAAAACUUCCUCCCAAUUUUGAACUGCUAGAACUUGAAAGUGUGUGUCGAAUUUGUUUACAUUGCACAAGCAAUUUGUUACCAUUAUUUAACAACGAAAUAGAUUCGCUUGUGUCGGAGUUUUUACCGGAGAAGUUAAAUAAAAAACCAUUGCAUCCCCAUCAAAUUUGUUUGAAAUGUUUUGAGGAAGCUAAAACUGCUUACGUUUUCAAAAAACAGUGCGAAUAUUCUGAUAAAUUGAUUAAAUCAAUACUGAAUGAAGCUGACUUUGAUAAAACCUUCGAGAAACAAACCCAAACCGAUUUCACAAACUUUAUGUUUCCGUGCGAGAAAUGUGAUAAAAAAUAUGAAUUUUUAGAAAGCUUAAGAGAACAUCGUACAAAAGAACAUCAAAAAACUCCUAAUAUAUGCCGAAAAUGUGGAAAAGUUUUUACAAAAAUUGUUGCGUUAAGAGAUCAUUUGGGUUCAGCUCAUCCAGAGCUUGGCUUCCCUUGCAAUAAUAAAUGUCAUUUAUGUGAAAAAAUUUUUACAAGAAAAGAUAUUCUUAAAAGACAUCUACUUAAUAUUCACAAUUACGAAGAAAAAUUUCAAGAAAGGGAGAAUGUGCAGGAUAAUUUUUGUAUCAAAUGCCAAUUAUGUGAAAAAGAAUUUGCUCAAGUAAGUCAUUUAAAAGAACAUUUAACCAUUGACCACAAAACAGAGCAAGUAGUUAUUGAAAAAGAUAAUAUGGAAGUCAAUGAGAAAACGCAGCAGAAAAAUUUCAACAUAUUAAAAAUUGAUAAAUAUGAAUUCUCUUGUGAAAAUUGUUUGCAAAAAUAUGAGACUGAAGAUGAUUUAAAAUAUCACAAGUGUCCCACUAGUUUUAUUUGUGAAAAGCCUAUGGAAACCGGUUCCCAAAACGAGCUGCAUUUAAUAAAUUUAAGCGAAGAUAAUGAUGAAAUAAAUAAUGCACGUGAAUUUAAAUAUGAAGACAGUUUGAAAUCUGAUGAUGAAGAUUUAUCUGGAAAAUGUAAAAAAAAUUUGUUGGGAAAGUUAAACAUUGAAAUUAAAAAUGAAACUAAAACCGCACAAGAUAUUGUGAAAUCAAUGGUAAUAAAAUCAAAAAACAAAAUUCCUAGAAUUAAAGUUAAACCCAACUCUAACGGAAAGUAUGAAUGUGAUGUAUGCAAAAAAGAUUUUACAAGGUCAGCUCAUUUAACACGACAUAAACUCUUGCAUUCUGGUGACCCUAAACCGUAUUCGUGUACUAUGUGUUCUAAAUCAUUUUCCAGAUCAGAUCAUCUAAAAAAUCAUGUAAGUGGGUUUCAUGCCGAUUUAAGACCAUUUAAAUGUGUUAUAUGUCACAAAGCAUUCACCAGGAAUGAGCAUCUGAAACGUCAUGUCAGUCUUCUAACUUGUUCAACAGAAAGAAAAAGACGUAGAAGAGAUAAAAUUUUUUCAUGUGAAAUAUGUAUGAGAAAAUUUUCGACGGAAAAAUAUGUUCAAGAUCAUAUGUCUAUUCAACAUAACGAAACUAGGGAAUUUACAUGCAAAUAUUGCAAACAAAAAAUAAUUGGUGCAACUGAAUAUAAAAAGCAUUGUAAGGGACACUAUACUGCUCCGACUAAGCAAUUUCUUUGUUCAGAAUGUGGUGGAAGUUUCACAAAAUUACAAUAUCUCAUGAUACAUAUAAGAAGACACACUGGUGAAAAACCGUACAAAUGUCGAUAUUGCGAUAAAGCCUUUCCUAGAACAACUGAUCAAUACGCACAUGAAAGAUCACAUACUGGAGAAAAAAACUUUCAUUGUACUAAUUGUCCGAAGGCCUUUUCAACAUCAUAUAAAUUACGAGUUCAUAUGCGAAUUCACACAGGCGAACGACCGUAUAAAUGCUUGUAUUGUCCCAAGGCUUUUGCGCAAAAUAAUGAUUUGAAAGCACAUCAUAGGCGCCAUACUGGCGAACGAUUUUAUUGUGAUGUCUGUGGCGUGGGGUUCGUUCAAAUGUAUGUUUUAAGACAACAUAAACGGCAAGCUCAUGGUAUUGAUGAGCCUCGGAACAGGAAUUCUCUUUUAGAAAAUAGAGACAAACAAAUACCCGAAGAACAAAUAAUUUCAGAUGGUGUAAAAGAAAGUGCAACAUUUAUGUUAAAUAUAUUCAAACCAAAAAGUCAUGCAAGUUUUCAACCAGCUGAACUCCAAAAUGUUUGUCGAAUUUGUUUACAUUCCACUGAAAAUUUUCUAUCGCUAUAUGAUAAUGAAAUUGAAUUUUUGAUAUCUGAGUUUUUACCACAAAAGUUAUGCCGCAGGCCUUUACAUCCUUACCGAAUAUGCGUUGAAUGUUUUGAUGAAGCAAAAGUUGCUUACAUAUUUAAGAAGCAAUGUGAGUAUGCAGAUAAACUAAUUAAAUUAGUAUUACAUGAACCGGAUAUUAACAAAACUUUCGAAAAGGAAACUCAAACCGAUUUUAGCAAAUUUAUAUAUCCAUGCGAAAAGUGUGAUAAAAAAUUUGAGUCAUUGGAAAUUGUAAGGGAACAUAGGGUAAAAGAACAUAGUAAUACUCCACAUGAAUGUCGUAUUUGUACUAAAAAUUUUACCAAACUUGGGACUUUGAGGGAUCAUUUAGGUUCUGUACAUCCAGAACUUGGUUUUUCCUGCAGAAAUAAAUGUUUUUUGUGUACAAAAAGUUUUACUAGAAAAGAGCAUUUAAGAAAACAUAUUGUUGGAAUACAUAAAGCUAAUAAAACUUUGAAUAUUGAUGAACGAAUUAGAAUAGAAAAAGAAUUUUUAAGGGGAAAUGACUGCCAGUUAUGUACCGAGUCUUUCAACAACAAAGAAGAUUUGAGGAAACAUGUAAUUAGCGCCCAUAAUUCAAACGAAAAAUUUCUUUCCCAAUACACUUUUGAAACAAAUGAAACGUUACCAGAAAAUAAGUAUGAAAUUACUCCCGACAUUUUAAAUAAUUUGGAAAUUUUGAAUGAUCUAAAAAAUGAGCUGCCAUUACCUUUUCAACCAGAAAAUAUAUAUAUACAUAUAUGUACGUACUUUCAUGUAUAUGUAUAUUUUUUUAUCAGUUUAGAUCAACCACCUAAACCGCCGGAGAAAAUAGAAAUCACUGAACCUUUAAAUACUAAGUUAGAGGAUGAUCCACCUGAUGAAGAUCCACUCAUGUCUUUUGAAUGCGUUUCAGUGCUUGAUGAAAAUCCUGAUUUGGAAGAGGAAUACGAUGAAGAUGAACAAGAUGAGAAUGAGAAGCAGAACAAGAAAGAAAAUGAAAAACAAUCCGCUAAGCAGGCGAUAAAAGUUACAAAAGAGCUUGUUAAAUCAAUGAUAUCGGAGUCUAAAAAGCAGAUCGCAAAUAUUGAAACCAAACCAAAUGAAGACGGGAAAUAUGAAUGCGAGAUUUGCAAAAAAACAUUUGAUAAGUCGGCAGAUUUGAUAAAUCAUAAAUUUUCACAUUCCGGAGUUACAAAGCCUUAUGUAUGUACUAUGUGCUCCAAAUCUUUUCUAAGACCAGACAAUUUAAAAAAUCAUGUUAACUGCGUUCAUGCUGGCAUAAGACCUUUCAAAUGUUCAAUUUGUCAGAAAUCUUUCACUCGCAAUGAGCAUCUACAACGGCAUAUGAAUCGGCUAAUAUGUUUAAACGAAAAAAAAACUCGUCCAUACGAAAGAUUGUUUCCAUGUGAGAUGUGUAAAAGCAAAUUUACAACAGAAAAACGUGCUAAAGAUCAUAUGGCAAUGCAACAUGAUGAAACUAGAGAGUUUACAUGUAAAACUUGUUCAAAAAAAAUUAUUGGAACCAGAGCAUAUAAAAAACAUUGUAGAGCACAUUAUACUGCACCGGAAAGAGAAUAUCUUUGUAGCGAAUGUGGUAAAAGUUUCACAAAAUACCAUUGUUUUACUAUACAUGCCAGAAUGCAUACUGGAGAGCGGCCAUAUAAAUGUAGAUAUUGUGGAAAGGCUUUUCCAAGGAGUACAGAUCAACAUGCACAUGAAAGAUUGCACAGAGGAGAAAAAAAUUAUGUAUGCACAGAAUGUAGCAAAGCAUUCGCAACAAAUUAUAAAUUGCGAAUUCAUAUGCGAAUUCAUACAGGCGAGCGGCCAUACAAGUGUACAUACUGUCCAAGAGGUUUCGCGGAAAAGAGCGACUUAACAAAACAUCUCCGGCAACACACAGGGGAACGAUUUUAUUGCAAUCUCUGCGACAUGAGUUCCGCUCAAAAGUACCUCUUGAGAAGACACAAACGUGAAGUACAUGGCGUGAUUGAACCUGGGGGUAGAGUUUUUUUGAUGGAUAAAGUAGAAACGCAGGAACCGGAAAAACAGCUUGAAGAAUCAAAUUCAAAACCAGAAAAUUAAGUGUUUAAUAAAUUAAUUGCUUAAAUAAAUAGGUGAUUUCAAUUGAAAAUGACGAUAUAGAAAAGUUCGCAUUUAAUGUCUUACAUAAAAAAAAACUGCUGCUUUCAUGAAACACUAGAAAUUGAGUACUAUAAUCUCAUCCGAUUUACUAUCACAUUUCCGAUUUUUUGAAAGUGAAAUAGCUAAAAUUAAUUUUUUGUGGGAACUAACUUCAAAAGAAAAAUAAAUAAAACAGAAAUGUUGGAAAAACUUUUAAAAUCUUUAUAAAUAAGUUAUGUAUUUAACAAAUAUUUUUUGGAUAUAUCAAAAACCGCAAAUUUUGAUUUUAAGAUUAUAAAAGAGUGAAACUUAGAAAAAGCCAUUUGUGAAUCAAUUUUGUUUAUUUUAUUUUUAAUUAAAAUGUUUCGAAAAUAAAAGUUUUAAAAUUAUUAA